GGUUUAACUGUCUUUUAUGAAAUGUGUUGUCAAAACCAGAUCUGCAGGCUGGAGAAGCAUAACUGACAUGAACUGACAAGAAUCCGUCAAGUCAGGGAGGAAACCACUGAAGAGACAGAAGCAACUUUUGCUGAUGGCGUCCUGAGCAUCUUGUUCUGACUGACACUUGACCAAACUCACAAACCCAACCAGCAUUAUUUUCCACAAGCAGCAGCAAGUACUUUCAGAUCUGUCAUGGAGGAAAAACACACACAAGGACAAAAAGUAAUAGAGUUCCAUGGUGUUGUGCGCGAGUUUAAGCUCGAGGAUCGAGUGCACGUACAACGCAUCUUUUCUGAGGGGAUGAUGGAGAUGAUAUACGACACGUCUAUCAGAGGCUUCAGACAUCAUCCUGAGAGCCUCCUGCUCUAUUCAGCUAUGACAAUUGCUGGCUUUGUGCUCACCAAGUGUUGGUGGAUGAUAGUACUCCUCCCUGUGCUGGUGCUGUGUGGCCGUUAUUUGUGCAGCAGGUGGGUGAUUCUGGCUUAUCUGACGGAGGCCAUGAGGACUGACAUGGGUCACAUGGAAGAAGUCUACAUAAACUCACCAAACUCGCGCAUGUGGGUCGCCGUUUUUAAAGACCAAGUGGUGGGCGUCGUUGCUGCAGUUCAUGAAGGAAAAAAUUCUGCCCGGCUGAAGCGCAUGUCAGUGGACAGGAGGUUCCGCAGAUGUGGAGUGGGCAAGGCUCUUGGACGGAAACUUCUGGAGUAUGCCGUUGCUCAGGGAUUCUCCACUGUUGUGCUGGGAACCACGGCCUAUUCAUCUGCUGCCCACAAUCUCUACCAGCGACUGGGAUUUCAAUGUAUUGAGGUCGAAAAUGGGCACAUGGCGCCUGGUGAACCAAAGUUUCCUCUGUUAGGAAUAUUCUACAGGGUAUACCUUAAUCACUACAUCCUGAAAGUGCAAAAUAUACCUGUCGACCUCUGUAACAGACAAGAAUAGGUGCUUGAUCAUCAUUUUGAAAUAUCCUGGAUUAGCGACAUCGUGUGACUGGACGAACAACGAGUGCGUAGAAGAUUAGGCAUUCCGUCACAUUAGACUCUUACUGCAUCAUGUUGGGUGUUGUCAAAUUUGGCGAUUCCUUUUACCUCCGAACUUUGGGCAAGGGAUGAGUAUUGGCUGAAAAAUGUACUUAAAUUAAUUGGACGUUUAUGGUAUAAUCUAGUUCAGAUUUGAAAUGGACUAAUGCGGUCUGCAUGCUUUAAAAUGGGAUAAGUGUGUCUUCGUUGCGUUUUCACAAAUAAUUAAAGGGGAACAUUAUCACAAUUUCAAAAGGGUUGAAAACAAUAAAAAUCAGUUCCCAGUGGCUUGUUGUAUUUUUGGAAGUUUUUUUCAAAAUUUUACCGGUCCCCGAAUAUCCCUAAAAAAAGCUUUAAAGUGGUUGAUUUUUGCUAUUUGCGAUGCGACUAUCCAUUUCCCUGUGACGUCAUACAGUGCUGCCAAUGUAAACAAACAAUGGCAGAUACCACAGCACUAUAUAGCAACAUUAGCUCGGAUUCAGACUCGGAUUUCAGCGACUUAAGCGAUUUAACAGAUUACGCUUCUUCAAUAAUUUCAUACUCCAACGGAUGGUUGGAGUAUGAAAGUAUUGAAGAAGAAACUGAAGCUAUUGAGCUAAUAGCUAUUGACGCUAUUCAUAGCCAUAGCAUGGCCGAAUAGCUGCGUUAGCAUCGCCGGUAAAAUGUGCGGACCAAACGAUCAGGACUUUCGCAUCUCCUGACACUGGAGCAACUUAAAUCCUUCGAUUGCUAAGUGUUAUUUUCGCAUUAAAUCAGGGUGGAAGUAAACGUAAUAUAGUUGCAAAUGCAUCUGCAGGUUAUCCAUACAUCUCUGUGCCAUGUCUGCUUUAGCACCGCCGGUAAAUAGCAUGUUAGCAUCGAUUAGCGUAGCAUGUUAGCAUCGAUUAGCUGGCAAUCAACAUCAAUAAAACUCACCUUUGUGAAUUUGUUGACUUUAUAGUUGCAAAUGCAUCUGCAGGUUAUCAAUACAUCUCUAUGCCAGGUCUGCUUUAUCACCGCCGGUAAAUAGCAUGUUAGUGUCGAUUAGCAUAGCAUGUUAGCAUCGAUUAGCUGGCAGUCACGCCGCAACCAAAUAUUUCUGAUUAGCACAUAAGUCAAAAUCAACAAAACUCACCUUUGUGAUUUCGUUGAAUUUAUCGUUGCAAAUGCAUCUGCAGGUUAUCCAUACAUCUCUGUGCCUUGUCUGCUUUAGCACCGCCGGUAAAUAGCAUGUUAGCGUCGAUUAAAGUAGCAUGUUAGCAUUGAUUAGCUGGCAGUCACGCCGCAACCAAAUAUGUCUGAUUAGCACAUACGUCAACAUCAACAAAACUCACCUUUGUGAUUUCGUUGAAUUUAUUGUUGCAAAUGCAUCUGCAGGUUAUCCAUACAUCUCUGUGCCAUGUCUGUCACCACUGGUAAAAUGUGGAGACACUUUGGCACAUUCAAUGGGGGUCUGGCGGAAGACACUUUCGAAUCUUCGGGCCAGUGGUGCAACUCUAAUCCCUCCCUGUUGUUACACCCUCCGACAACACACCGACGAGGCAUGAUGUCUCCAAAGUUCCAAAAAAUAGUCGAAAAAACGGAAAAUAACAGAGCUGAGACCCGGUGUUUUUAAUGUGUCGGAAAAGAAAAUGGCGGCUGUAUACCUCGGAGAAGUCACGUUCUGACGUCAUCGCAAAAAGAGCGAUAAACAGAAAGGCGUUUAAAUCGCCAAAAUUCACCCAUUUAGAGUUCGGAAAUCGGUUAAAAAAUAUAUAUGGUCUUUUUUCUGCACCAUCAAGGUAUAUAUUGACGCUUACAUAGGUCUGGUGAUAAUGUUCCCCUUUAAAGCUUUCAGGUUCAAGGUUUAAAGAGUGUAUUGUCAUAUACAAAAAUUAUUUUAUUUUAUCAUUUUAUAAAUUUUCAGGUAUGGUACAGAAAUCAGUGUGUAUCUGAAUUUUUGUAAAACUACAGUGUAGAUCAGGUACUGUGUAUUAUGUUGGUAUAGUGAGAAUACAUGACUGUGAUUGCAACUCCUGUCAGCGGUUUAGGGGUCUGAAGGUUGACGGAAAGAAAGCGUUUUUUUAGUCUGGAGGUCACCAAAUGAUUCCCAAACGCAGCCCCCGCUGCUGCUCACUCCUCACCUCUCAGGGGGUGAACAUGUGGAUUGGUCAAAUGCAGAGGAUAAUUUCACCACUCCUAGUGUGUGUGUGUGACUAUUGUUGGGACUUUAUCUUAACCUUAACUUUAACUUUAACAGUAUAUCACUUUUUGCUGGCGGUGGUAACGUACACGGACCAAUAAACUUUGUUAUAAUGGUUA